AUGGCUAGGAUGGAUGGCUUCCACCGCCGGCGGCUGCCCGCGGGCGAGGACCGCCUCGGUGCCCUCCCCGACGAUCUCCUCCUUGAUAUCCUGCGCCGCCUCGACACACGCACCGCGCUCGGCGCGGCAGCGCUCUCCAGGCGCUGGGCCGGCCUGGCCCGCGAGGUCCCCGUCCUGGACCUCAAGGUGACCGACAAACUGCCGCCGCGCUAUCACCGGUGCUUCCGCCUCCGCGACGACGCUAGGAAUUCGAAAAUCAGCUCGAUCAUGUCUGACAGGUGGCAUCUAGAGGCUAUCGCCGCCCGGUACGAGCGCCGCGCCAUGCGAUCCAUGGCCUCCUCCGUCAAGGGCCUCCUGGCCAGCCAAGCUCGCCGGCGCGUGGAGAGGCUGUCGCUCGAGGUCUUCGCCUACAGCACCUCGUCCUGCAUCAACCGCGUGGUGGUGGACGCCGUCGAUUCCUGGGGCCUCCGGGAUCUAGAGGUUGUUGCCACGCCGACAGGGCCGAUCGCGUAUCCGGAGCCGCCGGCCUACAGCUUCCCUCUUGGCCUCAUCAGCAAGAAGCCCAGCGAGUCCCGACUGCGAAGCCUCAAGCUUGCCAACUGCUUACCCCCGCCGCUCCGGGGAUUCAACGCGCUCACCAUGCUCGUCCUGCGAGACCUGCCGGCUCCCACACCGCCGGCCGCAUACGAGGCAGUGGUCGCCGACUGCCCGCAACUGCAGGUGCUACACCUCCUGUCAUGCAAGCUCAAGAUAAGAACCGGCAGGGUGGUCCUGGACGCGCCUGAAUCGGAAAUCCGGGAGCUUGUAGUCGACGGCGGGCACAUGGUGGUCGAGGUCCGGUCUCUCCCGAAGCUCGAGAGCCUCGCCAGCCUGCACGGUUGCGUGCUGCUUCGCUCCUUCGCCGCCGUCCCGUGCCUUGCGCGCGUGAGCCUCGCCUGCUCGGUUGACCGACCGGAAGGGGGCAGUUUAUCUGCCCUAAACCGUUUCCAUCGAGACUGCUUGAUUCUGGUGCUCGUGCUCUUCUUCCGGUGCGCCAUCACUGUGAAGGAUCUCGUCUUGCGGUUCACUGGGCCAGAGAUGUGGAUCAUGCCGCCGAAUCCCUUCUCUGAAACAAUGUCGUGCCUGAGAAGGCUGCUCGUCGCCGAUGUGCCUUCCUCAUGGGACGCAUCAUGGCCACGCCUGCUCGUCGAGGCAGCGCCGCUACUUGAGAGCCUUUAUGUGCAUGUCUCCCAUGGCGAAGACGAGCCGAGUCAGGAGGAGAUACCGGGGGAGACCUCGGCUUCGCGCCAUCGCCAUUUGAAGGAGCUGGUUGUCAUUGGCUUCCAGAGGACGGAGAGACAGAUGCACCUUGUGAGGUUCGCCGUGGAGGCAUCCACGGCGCUGCGGCGUGUCGCUCUGCUCAAGCAUGGACGCAUCGAGGACAAGGGGCCCUGCUGCGACUGGGAGGUGGUGAGCCAGCAGACCGCGUGGCGCGACGAGGAGAGGCUCGCCGUUCUCGAUGACAUCGGCUGUUCGACGGGACGGAUCCAAGUGGUGCUCAGUUGAACUGAGCCUGUGAUGUUGAACUUGGAGAACUGAAGGUGGGUUGCUGUUAGUUC